AUGAAUGAGGGUCCCUGGAACUUCAGAGGAGAUGCGGUGCUGCUCGUGCCGUACGACGGGAUCACAAAACCCUCCACCAUUAAGCUUGAAACAAUUGACAUAUGGAUCCAAAUCCAUGAUGUGCCAGAUUUGUAUGCCCAUCUAGUUACUCCACUUGCUGCGAAGGUGGGGGAAGUGCUGUUCUCUGAGCCCCCAUCUCACGAUUUUAUUGGCAACUUCUAUCGUAUCUGGGUUCGAAUCAACGUGUCCAAACCACUAAAGAAUGUGGUGUCUAUGAUCAGAGAUGGCAAGAGGCAAAUCUAUAGGGUCAAAUAUGAAAUACUCCCAGAUUGGUGUGCUGUUUGUGGUAUGCUUGGCCACCAGUUUAAGGAACAUGGUAAUGGGGUGCAUCCUCCAUUAGCUCUAGUGUUCAAAGAACUGCGUGCUAGUUGGUUCAUGCGCAGCGGCCGUGGCCCAGGAGAAGGUCGUGGUAGUCAUGGGGGUCACCGGGGUGGCCGAUCAGGUGGCCGCUCAUAUGGUCGUCAGGAUGGAGGUGAAAGCAGGAUGGCAGAAAAGUAUAACAAGGGAGGAGGAGAGCAGGCUGAGGACCCAACAGUGGAUGCUGAUGACAUUGAUGUGGAAGAUGCCAGCAGGAAGAGGAUCGCUGGAGCGGAACUUGGUUCCAGUCAGAUAACCCAACCAAGCUCGGAGAUGACACAGAACACCAACAAUCUCCUGGCCAUUGUGCCUAUAGGGACCAUUGUAAGCCCUCCGCUAAAGAGAGAUCCAAAGAGGACCAAGUCGAACGAGGACAGCAGCAAUGGCACCAACUCAGCAGUGAAAAACUUGGCGGGCUCCUUCGAGGAGCGCCGCCGAGCCCAAUGA